UGUAUUACGGUAUUUCAGAAACUAUGGCGAACUAUAUUAUGUAAAUUUCACAUUUAUUGAGUCAUCAUUUAGUUUUGACUCGACGUGGGCUUCAAACAACUACAACUAAAAGAAACAGACUAACCAAUUAUGGAGGAUCCAGCUAAAUUGCAAGAUGUGCCUAAAGAUGAAGACAAUUUUACGACCUUGUUUGAGAACAGUGAUUCAAUUGAGCAGCUGCAGCAGAAGUUCGAGUUUCACGUCCUAGUGGAUGGUGAGGCUAGUUGCAUCGAGUGUAAUGAUGAAAGCGAGGGCUUAUUUCUGACAGAGGAGUCGCUCUUUGUACCCUACGAGAACAUCGUCUACUUCGAAAUACCCACUUACGAUACAGGAGAUGUGUUUGAGUUCGACUCCCAUUCAGUGUCCGACAACUACUCCCCUUCUCUGCUCUCAACUGCAAAUAGUAGCAACAGUAGCAGCACCACUUCAUUAGCACACAAACACCAACACCACAACUCUAAUCCGACUAAACUAACUGCAAACAGAAGGGAUAGAAAGAAUGAGUCGAAUGCUGCUGAAGCGAAAGAGUUGAUCGACAGAUCAGAAAAAGAACAGGUUCUAGAAUCUCCGAGAACAAUAGUCGCAGAUCCGAAUGAAGAAUGCACUAGUCUACAAGACCACGUGGAAGAAUAUGAAAUGGACGAGAGUGAGUCAUACCACGAAGUGUACGAGGGUCUCUUCAUCGGCUACAUCUCGUUUGUCCAAAUUGUCGAUUCGAAAGAAGAUCCAGGUGUGGAAGUGUCAUCCGUUCUACUUGAGUUCCAGUCACUAUCUGAGUUACAGACAUUCGACUGCUUCAUUCGGUCUCAACUCGAGAAACAGUCGUGGCGACCGAAGAAGGUGCUUUUAUUUCUGAACCCAGCCAGUGGUAGGGGCAAGGCAGUGUCCUGCUAUGAGGAGUCCAUUGCGAACACUCUGCGACUGGCGGGAGUUGUGGCUGACGUCAGAAUCACAGAUAAAGACGGCGCCAACAGUGUCAAAGGCAUCAUCUUCAGCACAAACUACAGUGUGUACGACGCCAUAGUCAUCGUGGGAGGAGAUGGAUCUUACAGGGACGCCAUUGCUGCCAUAUACGAGAAAAUGCACAAUCAGGGUAAAUUUGACUUGGACAAAGAUGGCGUACUGCCCCCAAUUGACAUCAACGUCGGCAUCAUCCCCUGUGGCAGUGGAAACGGGGUCGUCCACUACCUCACCCGCUCUUUCUCCCUCGACCACGCGGUGGCAGCCUUGGUCCUUGGCAAGACAACUCCGCUACCUGUGGUGUGUGUACGCAAUAGAGAUAAAGAGAGAAGCUUAGUGGGAUUGGCAAUUGUAUGUGUCAAUUAUGGAAUCACAUCAGACGCCAUUGUAGUCGCAAACCGGUGGAAAUUUUUGGGACCUGGUAAGUAUAUAAUAGGAGUAACCAGUGCAAUGCUCAAACACAAAUCAUUCAGGGCCAAUAUCAAAAUGCAACAGCUCCAGAAUACAUCGAAACACAACAGUCAAUCGAAUGCCGGAGAACGAAGCAUCGAAGGGGAGUUUAAAGACCUAAUGAUGUUAGUCAACGGGAUCUCAGACGCCGGCGAAGUCCCAAGGAAACCCAGAGCUAGCGGAGACGUUUUCGUGACGCCUGGAUGUACAAUAUUUCAGCAGACUGGAUUCCUAGUCAAUCUGGGCCUCUAUUCACAGAAAAUUUACAAUGACGAUACAGUUAAUUGUUAUAAAAGCAACAAAGUCCUGUUCGACUUGUUAGACGGAAACAAAGAACGAAGUGAAACUAAGUCUUUCAUCAACUUAGACGGAGAUAUUUACCCUUUGAAAGAAGACGCGUUUGAAAUAACAUAUUGCCCUAGUUUAGUGAAUGCUUACGCCCUCGGAUUUCAGGCUAGCUGACAAACUGAAACUUAAUUGAAUUAUAAUGAAAUGUUGUAGAUUUUUCAAUUUAAUUUAGAAAUUGUCAAAUUUUACUGUAAAUGAUGCAUAUGCGGUUUCAUUAAUUUUGAGCAUGAUCUAAGACUUCAAAUUAAUUUUUCCUGGAAUAAUUUUUUUUUAUUUUGCAAACUAAAACAGAAAACAUUAAAGCUAAUAAGUUUGAAGUCGCGCGUGCUUUGUUGGGGAAAAGUUCGUCUGUUAUCCAAGCUCAAUUGAGGUCUAUGUUGAUAAAAUCCCCUUUUUGGGUGCUUACCUGUAUUCAAUAAAUUUACAGGAAUUUGAAUCAAAUCAAAUUUUCUUAUGACCAUGUAAAUUGCUUUUGAUCAUUCUUUUAUUCAGUCAGAUCUUGAUGUUGAAAGAUUUGUAAGUGUCAAGAGCUAAACGUAAUUUUUAAUGCUCAUUUUGAAUUUAGCUUUGA